UACCCAAAAAGACUACCUUGUUGGCACCCUAUACCCUCUCAAAUCAACCCAUCUGGCAUCUUACAUCAACUCCAGUCCCACCCAUCAAAGACUAAAAUAGCAAACACAAACCGCCACAAAAAUAAACUAACGAACGCCAAACUGGACUCACUGCCACCGUCUCACGAAUCAAUCAAACCAACAACAAAGGAUUCCAAGAUCCACAUCACCCACCACCAACCACAUUUAGCAGCUAAAAUACCGUGUCUGAAACUCCAACUGUAAUAAUAAUCAAGAAGAAGAAGAAGAAGAUGGUGAAGAUGAAGAUGAAGAUGAAGAUGAAGGCGGAGAUGGUGACACUGGUGCUGGUGAACCUGGCGGGGAUCAUGGAGAGAGCCGACGAGUCACUCCUUCCCGGCGUGUACAAGGAAGUCGGCACAGCGCUUCACACUGACCCCACUGGACUUGGUUCUCUGACUCUGUUUCGCUCCAUCGUGCAAUCUGCGUGCUACCCUGUUGCUGCGUACCUCGCCACGCGCCAUAACCGGGCCCACGUCAUCGCGCUCGGUGCUUUUCUCUGGGCUGCCGCCACUUUCCUUGUCGGCUUCUCCUCCACCUUCUUUCAGGUAGCUGUAUCGCGAGGUUUAAAUGGAAUUGGCCUGGCACUAGUCACACCUGCAAUUCAAUCCCUUGUUGCUGACUCAACUGAUGAUAACAAUCGCGGCAUGGCUUUCGGAUGGCUUCAACUAACAGGCAAUCUUGGCUCAAUUAUUGGUGGCCUCUUCUCAGUGUUGAUAGCUCCAUAUACAGUGUUUGGUAUCGCUGGUUGGAGAAUUUCCUUUCAUAUUGUUGGAGUAAUAAGCAUUAUAGUUGGUGCUUUAGUGUACCUCUUUGCCAACGAUCCACACUUUUCGGAUAACGGUACAGAUAAUCGCAAUCAAGCUCCGAACAAAACAUUUUGGUCAGAAGUAAGAGAUCUGGUCCAGGAAGCCAAGUCAGUAUCGAAGAUUUCAUCUUUCCAGAUCAUUGUCGCACAAGGUGUCACUGGCUCAUUUCCGUGGUCUGCUUUGUCAUUUGCGCCGAUGUGGUUAGAGCUCACCGGAUUCUCCCACAAGACAACGGCAUUCCUCAUAGCUUUAUUUGUUAUCGCCAGUUCUAUUGGGGGUUUGUUUGGAGGUAAGAUGGGGGAUAUCCUCUCCAGGCGUUUUCCGAAUUCUGGGAGGAUUAUUCUUUCACAGAUAAGCUCUGGAUCAGCAAUCCCCCUAGCAGCACUUCUUCUGCUGGGUUUACCGGAUGAUCCGUCUACAGCAAUACCUCAUGGUUUGAUUCUAAUCAUUAUGGGGCUCUUCAUAUCUUGGAAUGCUCCAGCUACAAACAAUCCAAUUUUCGCAGAGAUAGUUCCAGAGAGAGCGCGAACAAGUGUAUAUGCCUUGGACCGAUCUUUUGAGUCUAUACUAUCAUCAUUUGCUCCCCCCACAGUGGGGAUUUUGGCUCAGCAUGUUUAUGGGUAUAAGCCUAUUCCUGAAGGAUCCAGUGAAUCUCUCGAGAUUUCAACAGAUAGAGAGAAUGCUGCAUCAUUGGCCAAGUCUCUUUACACAGCAAUAGGAAUUCCAAUGGCUCUGUGCUGUUUAAUCUACUCAUUUCUUUAUAAGACCUAUCCAAGAGACCGGGAACGAGCGAGGAUGGAGGUUUUAAUAGAAUCAGAGAUGCAGCAAAUUGAAUCAGAUGGGUUAGCCAUUGAUAAAGAGAUUGCCUCAGAAGAACUGUCUAUUAGGGAUUAUGAUGGUGAUGGUGUUGAUCUUGAUCUUGAUGAUGAAGAGAACAUAUUGCUCUAUAGGCAGUUAACAUUCUCCAACUUAGGUGACUAGUUAACUCAAAAGAUAUUGACAAAAUUUAGAGGGUCUUUUUCCAACUUUGGAUGAGCUUAUUUUUCAUGGAAUCAAUUCUUGCACUUAAAAGUUACUCACAGUAAUUUCUCCCCAGAAUUGAUUUUACAUGCAAAAUCCAUCAUAGAAUGAUUUUCAAAUAUGCUUUCACUGGUGGAGAAUUUUUCAGAACUACAUUUUGAUCAAUUUUUUGCAUAAAUCAAACUCGGACACUAAUAGAAGAAACGGUACACACCAUCAUAGUUUUAUCUUCCACUUCUUGGGGGAAGAUUUUCUUUUGUUCUAUGUAUUUUGAUUAUGUAAAAUGUAAAACCUUGGAUAGCAAUGAAUGUACAUUUCUCGGUUUUGGCUUAUGUAAUUGACAUUUUGAUUUGUUAAAUAUCAAGUAUAGUGCAAAAAUUGUUUAAUAAUCCCAGUGCAUAAAUCAUUGACAUUUGUU